AUGGCCCUCGGUGAUAAAGAGCAUAAUGAUGCAACAAGUGAGCAAGUCGAUGAUGCGGCAAGCAUGGAGUUUAGUCCUUCCAAUUUGGGUGAAGAUUCUAUUUUCACGGAGAUGCCAGGAUCGUUCUCCAAUUAUGCACAUUCUUCUUCACACCGUCGAAAGCCCUCCCUGGAAGCGUCGUCUCGCGGACGACCUACCCCCGCAUCCCCACAAACAUCUCGGCCUCCAGCGCAGCCCACGACAACAGGCGUGGCUUCGAUUAUUGUCGAUGUCGGCUCCGUAGUCGGUCAUAUGGACAUUUCCACUGGCCGCAUCAUGGCCGCUAUGUUUGCUAGGGCAACACAAGCUCUGACCGGGGAACAGUCCUCAAGCGAAGGAACUGUGAAAUCGAAGUCCACGGAAACUUUGGAAUCAUCUCCCAUGAGUUUUGAAGUUUCCGUGCAGAGCAUUGCUCUAUCGUGGCUGGAGCACGUGUUGGCGGAAUCUACGCAGGAAGGGCCGCUUUCAGAGCACCAACUGGAACUUCAACCUUCGGAUGCAAUAUUGAGAGCCAAUUUCUCGGCUAUACACCUCACCAGUGGCAAGUCUUCCGGUAUUUUGCGAACUCAACUUCAUAUUGGCAAGUUCACAUUAGCAUCUUUGGAUCAAGACAUCAUUUCCUUCCACAGCUCACGGCCGAAAUCCAGACGGUCGGCCAAUGUCCCGCUAGAACAACCCAAUCACGAUAUAGAACUGAAGUACGAGCAGGGGCAAGACGAUCGUAUCACCAUCGUCACCCGUCCCCUCAACAUUUUGUUUGACAUCCAGAAACUGGACGACGCGUUGGGCUCCUUUGGUGGGUUCAGCGGCGUAUUAGAGUUGAGCAACUCCAUCAACUCUAGUAGCGCAGUCGCAAGUCCUGUCAUAUGUCCAGCCCGUUCUCGGCCUCGCGGUGUACAUUUUGGUGAUGGUCUACCUCCCCCUGUCAAAGAAUCACCACCCAAGAAGUCUCCGAAGAUCGACGUAAAACUCGGUGAGGUAUCUUUGGCCCUCAGGGGGAAGUCAUGUUCCAUGCAACUUCACACGACGACGGUACGCAUUGCUGUACGGCAAAGCAAUGUGCGCCUCAAAGUUUCCGAGACACAGCUGACUGGCCCUUACACCGAGGUCGCCCCCAAGACUGUACCUUUCUUUGGAGAAUUGAAAGGCACUGAAAUCAACUUUCUCUUCGCUCCUGGCGAGCAGGAUCUCACCAGGCUAAUAUCCUUAAUCACGCCAUCAAAGAACCCGUACGAGAACAACGACGACAUCCUCAUCGAAACCUUGCUACGUCAGCGAAAGAAAGGUUCCGUACUCCGAGUUGAAAUCGCUGAAAUCGGUGUUCAUGUUUCAGAUCUUGAACACAUGAAAGCCUUUGAGGCUCUGGGGACAGAGCUGGCUCGAUUAUCCAAGGUCACCAAAUACUUGCCAGAUGAUGAUCGACCUGGUCUUCUAAGCCUCGCAUCGGUGAAACGGCUGGAUGCUCGCGUCACUGUGAAUGAGAAACUUGGAGAUGUCUCAGUCAUCUUGCAGGAAUCGGCAUUAGCACACGUCGGAGUUCCUGCUUUGCUUGCUGUCGAAGUAAGCAAAGCGACUGUUCGGCGCAACGAAGAAGUAUUGGUCCAUGAAGUUGUGGAGCUAGACCCAUCGGACGAACUACCCGUCAUCAUGCUGAGGAUGGUGGGCGAUGAGAUGGACCCCAUGGUGAAAGUCAAGUUAUUCAACCUAUGCGUUGAAUACCGAGUCAGCACGAUUAUGGCAGCGCUGGGGAUUGCUGAGGAUGGCACGGUAGACGAUCUGGCUAUAGGCCUGGCCUCAAGCGUCGCAACCGUCACAGGCGCAUCCUCUCCUAAAACCAUCAGCCGACAAUCUUCCCAGGCGAGUUCGCCAGUCACAGCAGUCUCUCAGCCGCUUCAGGUCGAUCUUUUACUGAGGGAUUGCGCAAUUGGUCUCAAUCCUCGGAAAUCACUCUCGAAGGGUCUCUUCGUCCUCACGGAAGCGCAUGUUACGGGUAAGCAAGCAAGAAACGACUACUCUGUCACGGUCGACCUCCGCAAGGCUUCGAUGCAUGCUAUAGAUGACAUAGCGCGCCUAGUAGAAGACCACGGACCUGUCUCGACCAUACCCUCUGCCAACGGCCAAUUAAAUGGGCUGAAAAGCUUGGGCUAUGUGUCUUUGAGUUCGAUUUCGGCCGCAAAGAUAUUUGUCAAUAUUGGAGGUGAUGGACGGGAACACCCACAGCUCGUGGACGUGGAGUUCCAAAAUGAGCUGUUUGUUAUCGAGUCAUGCGCAGAUUCUACACAGACGCUCAUGACAAUUCUGAGCGGUCUACAGCCCCCGACGCCACCAUCAACCGCAGAGCGAUAUCGUACGAUGGUACCGCUACAGCAAAUGAUGAAGUCAUUCACUGGCGAUGAACUUUUGCAAGAUGAAGAAGCCGAGGCCGAUGACUUCAUGAGCAAUGCUGACUUGAUGGAAGAUGAUCUGUCAAAGAGUCUUACUUUCGUUGGGGGACUCUACAAUUCACAACCCUUACCGACUGAUGAGGAAAUGGGUGACAGCCUGUUGGCAGAAGACGAUCUCAGCGCUUUGGCCACACCGCCUAUAACUCGCCAACGUGGCGAUCGAGCUCUCCUUGAGAGCUUCCAGGAGAAGCACGAAGUCACUCAAGGAGAAGAAGCGUUUGAUUUUGACGGCGACUACUUCGGAGGGUCAAAUAUCGAACCAAAGGGUAAAGCCCGUAAAUGGGAUUCUGCCAAGAACCAAUAUCAUCCAUCCAAUGAGUUCAAGGUUACAGGCGCUCCACUAAAGGUACGCGUCCGCGACGUCAACGUAAUCUGGAACUUAUACGACGGCUAUGACUGGCCUCGAACACGCAGCGUUAUCAGCAAAGCUGUGGAUGACGUUGAGGCUCGCGCCGAGGAGCGACGGCAUAAGGGACGAGAAGAGGAUGACGACGAUGACUUCGUUGAGCAAGACUUCCUCUUCAACUCGGUUUGGAUUGGUGUGGAUGUGAAGGACGAGAAAGGAGCUCUAGCCCGACGUAUCAACCAUGAUAUUGACGAUCUUGCCAGCGAGACGGGCAGUUACGCGACGUCAACAGCGACACGCUCGACUGGAGCUACUCUACGGCCUCGAAGUACUACCAAAUCUAGGCGUCGUCUCAAGCUCGAGCGUAGUAAACACAAAAAGAUUGCAUUCUCCCUCAGCGGGGUCGGAGUUGAUCUUGUCGUCUUUCCGCCGGAUACAGGCGAGACGGUCAAUUCCGUUAAUGUCCGCGUACGAGAUCUAGAGGUUUUCGAUCACAUGCCUAGCUCUACCUGGAAGAAGUUUGUCACGUGCGCAAUCGAUCCAGCGAAGAGAGAGCUCAUUCGUCCGAUGAUAAAUCUUGAACUCAACACGGUCAAGCCGAUCACUGAUCUAGCGGCUUCGGAGCUCGUCAUUAAAGUGUCUAUCCUUCCACUCCGCUUGCAUAUCGAUCAGGAUGCUUUGGACUUCAUCACGCGUUUCUUUGAGUUCAAAGAUGACUCCGCACCCGCUAGCAGCCCGGCUGCUGACCAGCCUUUCAUUCAGCGGUUGGAAGUGAUGGCAGUCAAGCUGAAGUUGGACUACAAGCCAAAGCGCGUGGACUAUCGUGGCCUCCGGUCCGGCCACACAACGGAGUUCAUGAAUUUUCUCGUCCUCGACGGCUCGGACAUCACCUUACGCCACGCAAUUCUAUACGGAAUCACAUCGUUCGACAAACUUCACAAGACUCUCAAUGACGUGUGGUCACCGGAUGUCAAGAACAAUCAGUUACCAGGCGUACUAUCGGGGCUGGCAGGACUGCGACCUUUUGUGAAUGUCGGUUCCGGCCUCAAAGACCUCGUCGUUAUUCCAAUGCGCGAGUACAAGAAAGACGGUCGAAUUGUGCGCAGUCUGGGGAAGGGUGUACACGCAUUCGCUAUGCACACAACGUCAGAGGCAGCACGUCUGGGUGCGAAGGUGGCGAUCGGCGCGCAAACUGUGCUGGAAGGCACUGAGGAGUUCUUGAACCCACAGACUGCCUCAUCGAGCCGCCAUCAAUCCCUCGACUGGGAUGGCGAAGAUCCUAGUUCCGAUACAGAAGAGCCACGCGCCGUAUCGAACUACGCCAAUCAGCCGAUCGGUGUGGGCGCUGGUCUUCGCAGCGCGGUCCGGCACUUCGAACGCGACUGGAACACUGCUCGUGACGCAGUAAUCGCGAUUCCUGCAUCGGUCAUGGAAGAGGGUAGCGGCACGGGUGUCGCAAGGGCCUUUCGUCGACAUGGACCGACUGUCGUCUUGCGCCCUGCAGUUGGUUUUACGAAAGCGGUGAGCAAUGCGUUACUAGGCGCAGGCAAUGCGCUUGAUCCCGAAUCGAGGCGUAAGAUUGAAGAUGUAAGUGGUGCUACUAUACUAGUGAUGUGA